UUGGUAGUUUAAUCUUCUGCGUAACUCAGCGAUUUUAUUAUCCAAAGAUUGCACGUUUGCAAGCAGAAUGGAGGGAAGUGGGGGUUUAUUCGAUCGCAGCCGGACCCCUCUUUCUCCGCCUCCUCUUCAAGCAGAUCACGGGGAUCGGGGCCUGUUCCCGAGGAAGUAGCGUGUCCUUUGUAUCGGUGCUCGCCAGAGUCGUGAAAUGAAAAAGAGGAUUCUGCUAGUCCGUGUACAGCUCAGUGGCAUGGCCCAUCGUCUGUUUGAAGGUAAAGAGCAUGCUACCUCCUACUGGAAGUACAGGGUCUCUCCCUCAGCUCAGCUCAUUGAAGAAGUCAUGUCCUUCCUAAAGAAAAAGAGGGGCGUGCAGCCCUGUGACCUGGCAGUAGACGUAGGCUGUGGGUCGGGUCAAGGGACCGUGCUUCUGGCCCCUCACUUCUCCUCAGUGGUGGGGACCGACAUCAGCCCUGCCCAGCUGGAGGUGGCCCAGGAGCACGCCACCGCCCCUAACAUCUCCUACAGACAGUGCCAGGCUGAGGAGCUGCCGUUUGCAGACAGCUCAGUGGACCUGGUGACGGCCAUGUCUGCCUUCCACUGGUUUGACCGGCCGCGGUUCCUCCAGGAAGCCCACAGGAUCCUGAAGGCUAAAGGUUGCCUGGCUCUACUCAACUACACCAUGGAUAUGGAGCUUGAGUAUGGAGACUGCUCCCACACACUCAACACAGUCUGCAAAAAGUUUUAUGCUGCACUCCUGCCCUAUCGUAACCCCUGCCUGGGCCCUUGCUCUGUUGCUCUUUACAAGCAGUCCUACGGUUCCAUCCCCUACACAGAGAAAGAGUGGCAGGAGUGUAUGUGGGUGAAGAAGUCCAUGACUCUGUCCAACUACAUGGGUAUGAUAGAGUCCUUUUCCAGCUACCAGGCUCUACUAAAGAAAGACCCAGAGGAAGCCAGCAGACUGUCAACUGACAUCACCCACAGACUGUUGGCUGUGAUGGGGGUGACCUCCCCAGAGACUGAGCUUGUGGUUGGAGUAAGGUAUUUCUUCCUGCUAGCCUGCAAGUCAGAGGACUAGCUACCGAUCGAUGACUGAGACUACACUGUGUCCCCUUUGGUGAAACUGGACACUAAGAUGUGCUACUACUUAUCUGUCUUGAUUGUGUUAUUGACUGUACGUUUGUUUAUGUGUAACUCUGUGUUGUUGUUUUUGUCG